AUGGGAAGUGGUGGAUCAUUGAAGUUCACAUCAGGUGACGGGAGAAGUGGGAGAGGUGCGACGGAAAGUGGUGGAUCAUUCAAGUUCACAUCAGGUGACGGGAGAAGUGGGAGAGAUCCGAUGGGAAGCGGUGGAUCAUUAAAGUUCACAUCAGGUGACGGGAGAAGGGAGGGAGGUGCGAUGGGAAUUGGUGGAUCAUUGAAGUUCACAUCAGGUGACGGGAGAAGCGGGGGAGGUACGAUGGGAAAUGGUGGAUCAUUGAAAUUCACAUCAAGUGACGGGAGAAGUGAUGGAGGUGCGAUGGGAAUUGGUGGAUCAUUGAAGUUCACAUCAUGUGACGAUCAUGUGACGGGAGAAGCGGGGUAG